CCGCACGCAACUGCGAGCAUAUUUCGCCCCCUCAACUCCUCCAUUGCCGCUCUUGCUUGGGUUCCGCGAAGCAAAGCUCAGGAAGAGGAAGGACGCUCACGCCCAUCCAUCCAGCCUGCAGUCUCGUCCCCUCCAUCCUCGCAAAAAUCCCCGGCAGAGCACGACGAAUCCUCCGGCGACGCCCCCCCCCCCGUUUGCGCGGAUCGAGCAGCCCCGCCGGUGGGAUCCCGCCGUGGUUGACCGGCCCGGAAUCCUCGUCCUUGAAUGAUUUUUUUCCUUCAGCUAGCAGCUUCCGGGAGCUGGGAUUUUCGGGCCGAGUAGGGGGUUCUCGUCUGUCCCAGUCCUAUCCCAGAUCGAGGGCCGUGGGGGGGACUGGAAGUUUCUGCGGUGGCUGGGCCGUCGUGCCGGGUUCCGCGUUGAUGCGCGGCGUCUCCGGCGCCGCCGCUGCGACGUGCGGAGAGAUUGGUGGUUCAGAUCGUGGAGCCGGCCCCGGGCUGCCCUUCUGCUUGCUGUGGCUUUGGUUGGGGAUUGGUGGCGGCGAGUGAGUAGAUGGAAGAGGACUGCACUUUACUGCUCCUGCCGUGGCUUCGAUUUCGCUCCGGUUAGAGAGUAGAGCAGUUUGAUCUUGCUUUCCAGCUAGAGUAGACUGGUUUGAUCGCGCUCGGUACUCCCGUUCGUGGUGAUUUUGGGGAGUCGAAUCUAUUGAACCAGUGGCAGAAUUGGGAGUUGGUUCGUUCCCAGGAUUGAACCUGUGUGUGGUGAUUCGAGCUGCGUUUGUCCAGCUUCGCCAAGUUGCUGGAGCUGGAUAUGGUGCAUGACAGAGAAUCUGUAUACCUGUUUGGAGAGAGGUUGUUGGACUGCUUUGCUGGGGAUUUAUUCUUGCGGCUGAUUUACGAGUCACAAAACGAUGUCUCGGUGCUUCCCAUUCCCGCCACCAGGGUAUGAGGCAAAGUCCAGGAGUGAGCACAAGGAUCUGCUAAGUGAGGAAAAGCGCAAGGCGAAGAAGCAAAAAAAGGGAAAGAAAGAUGGGAGGGAAAGAGAAAGAAAAGAAAAGGAUCGAGGUCAUAGAAAAGAUAAGCACAGUAAGAAACACAAAAGAGAGAAACGCCAAGAUAGGCGAAAGAAAAAGGAAAGAGAUAAAGAGAAGAGAGAAACUUUGGAACGAGUAACUCGGGAGAAUGAUGAUCUUGGCAAGAUAAGGCCACAAGAAAUGGUACAUAAUGAAACAGUGAAAGAUAGUGCACCUACUAAUGAGUUGGCUAGCCAAAUCAUAAGCCAAGGAAGUCAUGCGAAGCACACUGGUAGUGAUACUAGCAAGCUGCUUCCUGGAAACAUUGAGUGCAUUGGUGUCGAAGGUUCUAAAGAGAAGGAAAGAAUUUCUCACAGUCGAAGGGGUGAAAAACUGGGACAAAUUGCUCAAAGCGAUCAUGCUGGUGAAAAGGGGAAGGGUAAAACUAGAGUGCAGAAUGGUACAAGCCUUCAAGUCGCAUCAGCUGAAAAACAUUCCACCACCACCAGGAUGCAUGGUGGUAAUAGAGCGGGCCUGCAACAGGAGAGCUCUAAAGGUGUGGUUGCUACUACUGCAGUGACUCAUCAAAAUGGCAGACUUACACCAAGCCCAACUGCUUGGCAGAGAACCAAACAAGUGGACCAACACCCGGAUGGUUCUUCUCAUUCUACAUACCGAAAUAUUGACAGCAUGAGCACGAAAUGGAUGAUGGAGAAGAAAAAUGGAAGUGCUAACAAUUUACAUACCAUGGCUAUGCAAUUAGUACAGGGCAAAAAUGGAGCAUCUCAAGGCAAUGCAAGGAUUAAAGAGGUAAAAGCUAAUCAUCGUGUUGGUGUAAAAGAUGGAAAUAGAGGUCAAGGUGUUAAUCACAAGGGUGUUAAAGACAGAGACAGAGACCACAGUGUAAAGAAAAGAAAAGCUAAAGAUGGAAAUGAAGGCAAAUACAUGAAGAGAAGAGGUGUUGUGAAUGAGCAGAAACAAAGAGAGCUCGAUGGACAUCAGGCAAGCAUGAACUACGUUCAUGAUUUAAUGGACUCUGCUCUUCUUAAUGGGAACAAGUUCACUUCUGAUGAUGUCAAGAAAAGGAAAGACUUAAAAGCUAACAGUUCUCUACAUGAGCAUAGUAUGCGACUGACUAAGGUCCAAAGGACGUCUGCUGCCAAUCAUCCUCAGGGAACUGCACCUUAUUCUUCAACAUUACCACUCAGCAAAAAUUCUUGCAAAGCAAACAUGCUUCAGGAUAGCAAGGAAUGCUACAACAUUGGCAUCACUGGCUCUCACUAUCAGGAGGAACACAAAGCUUCUGUUUCUUCAUCCAGCUAUGACAGCAUUGAAGUCUCUCUGGCACCACCUCACCCUGAUACCAAGUAUCUGAGCCAAGUGUACUCGGUACCAGCAGUUGAUGACCGCUCGGAGCACAUUGAUCAGGACUGGCUGUUUUCUGGGGACCGAGUUCACAGGAAACCGACGAUGUUCGAGGCCACAGAAUCACCCCAAGUCUGGGCUGAAGCACAGCCGAUUGAUUCUGCUGAUGUAGUCGCUCUGCCUUAUGUCGUUCCCUUAUAAUGUGUAGUCCACCAUGAUUUGCCUUCAGCGAAUUGCGUCAGGAGUUUGGGCUAAUGAUCAGAAGAUAAGCCUCAGCCUGUUCGGUUUGAAGUAUAGGGAGCUGCAGUUGAAAUCAGGUUGUUCACCUCACUCUCUAGCAUGCCUUUUAUUAGGGAGAUACCUUAGGGCACAUAAUUUAUGUUGUGAAGAUUGAACAUUACCUGUGCCAUAGCGUCGUCGGUGACACUGGCUGACCGUCAGGUUGUACUGCAUGUUGCAAGAUAUGACGGGAAUUAAGCUGCGAUUGUUACUCCUGCUGAAUUGCCGCACAAUUUCCUUUUUUUCCUUUUGA